UCCUCGUGUUGAAAUAUAUAUAUAUAAAAUAUAUGUAAAUAAUAUUUUGAAGCAGCAAUAGUUACAAUAGCAAGAAACGAACAAAUUCAAUAAAAAUGGCAAAAUCUGUAAAUCCUCUGAAUAUUUUACGCAGCAUCUACAAUAAUGAGUUCCAGUGGAUGUUGGUGAAGAGCUUUGGCAUGUUCUUCGUGGGAGUUCGGGUCGCAAAGGAAUUCGUGGGCGUGGAACUGAUGCCAGCUGUGGGGUCUAUCUAAUAUAGCCAAAAUGCCUAAUAAUCAUAAAUAAAUUCCGGAUUCGCGAUGACAGUUGACUAAUUUUAAUCACAAAAAUAUAUAUAUACAAAAACA